UCGGGGUGGUCUCACUGCUGGAGUACCUACAAAGAGUGACAGAGAGCGCGGCAAAAGCUCGGGCCACAUUGAAUACCCUUCUAGAACUUCCAUCCCACAGUUGGUCACUGCUCGCGCGCGGUGGUGGAGAGGAGGGUCGAUUACCUCAGGCUUGUUCGUUCGCUCCCUCACUGUGAGAUUCAUAGCCCUGCAUUGUGCCUACCUGACUUUCUUCAACGAGGUCUCAUCAACCCUGGCCAUUCACCUCUCACAGACUUGACCUCACGAUGGCGGCCCAAGUGAGCCAGAAGAAGCAGCAAGACCUGCAAACGCAAUAUGGCGUCUACAAGAACACCCUGCAACAGAUUGCGCAAAAGAUUGGCGAUGUAGAACAAGAAGCCGAAGAACACAAGCUUGUCCUAGAGACCCUGCAACCGCUAUCCGAGGACCGGAAGUGCUUCCGCCUCAUCAACGGGGUCCUCAUGGAGCAGACGGUCAAGGACGUCAUGCCCGCCCUGACGACUAACUCGGAAGGUCUGAAGAAGGUCCUGGAAGACCUUGUCAAGCAGUACAAGGCUAAGCAGGACGAACUGGAGAAGUGGAAGAAGAAGAACAAUGUUCAGGUUGUCCAGAACUGAGACUUAGGAACAUUGGAAAUGGGUCACCAUAAUGUUGGUCUGCGACGUUGGCUUCGAGAGUCUCUGUGCAGCAGACUGACGACGAAGGCCUUUCGGUCUGCUCGCUGCGCAUAGAUCCACGGAACGGGUGAUUUGGACGGGGGAAAAAAGACAGCUUCUUCGUCGUUUGUUCCUGAUCAGGCGUUCUAGUUGCGGCCACUACCGAGAAGAACACAAGGGACAGCAAAGUCGUCAUGCGAAUAUCAAAGGCGUCCAAAAUGAGGCGGCAUCGAAUAUACCCAUGGGUUGAUGCUACGAUGAGAGGAGGAAGCCAACUCAGCAAUACGUCUCAGCCCCAGGAAAAUAGAGACAUGAAGACCACGCAGUGGCAGCAAUGCGUUGUUCAACGUCGUAGACUUGUGAGACAUUCGGAAGCAAUAGAGAUAACGGCGG